AUGGUGGUGAAAUACACUGAUGAUGAUGAUGAUGAUGAUGAUGAUGAUGAUGAUGAUGAUGAUGAUGAUGAUGAUGAUGAUGAUGAUGAUGAUGAUGAUGAUGAUGAUGAUGAUGAUGAUGAUGAUGAUGAUGAUGAUGAUGAUGAUGAUGAUGAUGAUGAUGAUGAUGAUGAUGAUGAGCAGAAGAACAAUCUCGCUCUGGCGUUUGACAGCCGCCAGCAACAGCAGAACCUGCCCAACAAUGCAAGGGUCAUACGCAAGCUUCCUCCACUAAGCCUUUGGGGCAACUAG